UUAACGGUGGCGGCUGGUUCUGCGCCGGAUCCGGGAGAGGGGCGGGCGCCAUUGUGCUUCGCUGCGGACUGCUUUUCCUCAGUCACGGGCCUAGAACUCCAAAGAGAAAGGCGGCGGUGCGUGUUGCUGCGAGUGGGACGCGCACUGGUCAGUGCCGGCUCAGGAGCUGGGAAAAAUCUUUAAGAAUGGAGUCUAAACCUUCAAGGAUUCCAAGAAGAAUUUCUGUUCAACCCUCCAGCUCCUUAAGUGCUAGGAUGAUGUCUGGAAGCAGAGGAAGUAGUUUAAAUGAUAACUAUCACUCAAGAGACUCUUCAUUUAGAUUGGAUUCUGAAUAUCAGUCUACGUCAGCAUCAGCAUCUGCGUCACCAUUUCAAUCUCCGUGGUAUAGUGAAUCUGAGAUAACUCAGGGAGCACGCUCAAGAUCGCAGAACCAGCAACGGGAUCAUGAUUCAAAAAGACCUAAACUUUCCUGUACAAACUGUACUACCUCAGCUGGGAGAAAUGUUGGAAAUGGUUUAAACACGUUAUCAGAUUCAUCUUGGAGGCAUAGUCAAGUUCCUAGAUCUUCAUCAGUGGUACUUGGAUCAUUUGGAACAGACUUAAUGAGAGAGAGGAGAGAUUUGGAGAGAAGAACAGAUUCCUCUAUUAGUAAUCUUAUGGAUUAUAGUCACCGAAGUGGUGAUUUCACAACUUCGUCAUAUGUUCAAGACAGAGUUCCUUCAUAUUCACAAGGAGCAAGACCAAAAGAAAACUCAAUGAGCACUUUACAGUUGCAUACGUCAUCCACAAACCAAUUGCCUUCUGAACAUCAGACCAUACUAAGUUCUAGGGACUCCAGAAAUUCUUUAAGAUCAAAUUUUUCUUCAAGAGAAUCAGAAUCUUCCCGAAGCAAUACACAGCCUGGAUUUUCUUACAGUUCAAGUAGAGAUGAAGCCCCAAUCAUAAGCAAUUCAGAAAGGGUUGUUUCAUCUCAAAGACCAUUUCAAGAAUCUUCUGACAAUGAAGGUAGGCGGACAACGAGGAGACUGCUGUCACGCAUAGCUUCUAGCAUGUCAUCUACUUUUUUUUCACGAAGAUCUAGUCAGGAUUCCUUAAAUACAAGAUCAUUGAGUUCUGAAAAUUCUUACGUUUCUCCAAGAAUCUUGACAGCUUCACAGUCCCGUAGUAAUGUACCAUCAACUUCUGAAGUUCCCGAUAAUAGGGCAUCUGAAGCUUCUCAGGGAUUUCGAUUUCUUAGGCGAAGAUGGGGUUUGUCAUCUCUUAGCCACAAUCAUAGCUCUGAGUCAGAUUCAGAAAAUUUUAACCAAGAAUCUGAAGGUAGAAAUACAGGACCAUGGUUAUCUUCCUCACUUAGAAAUAGAUGCACACCUUUGUUCUCUAGAAGGAGGCGAGAGGGAAGAGAUGAAUCUUCAAGGAUACCUACCUCUGAUACAUCAUCUAGAUCUCAUAUUUUUAGAAGAGAAUCAAAUGAAGUGGUUCACCUUGAAGCACAGAAUGAUCCUCUUGGAGCUGCUGCCAACAGACCACAAGCAUCUGCAGCAUCAAGCAGUGCCACAACAGGUGGCUCUACAUCAGAUUCGGCUCAAGGUGGAAGAAAUACAGGAAUAGCAGGGAUUCUUCCUGGUUCAUUAUUCCGGUUUGCAGUCCCCCCAGCACUUGGGAGUAAUUUGACCGACAAUGUCAUGAUCACAGUAGAUAUUAUUCCUUCAGGUUGGAAUUCAGCUGAUGGUAAAAGUGAUAAAACUAAAAGUGCGCCUUCAAGAGAUCCAGAAAGAUUGCAGAAAAUAAAAGAGAGCCUCCUUUUAGAGGACUCAGAAGAAGAAGAAGGUGACUUAUGUAGAAUUUGUCAAAUGGCAGCUGCAUCAUCAUCUAAUUUGCUGAUAGAGCCAUGCAAGUGCACAGGAAGUUUGCAAUAUGUCCACCAAGACUGUAUGAAAAAGUGGUUACAGGCCAAAAUUAACUCUGGUUCUUCAUUAGAAGCUGUAACCACCUGUGAACUAUGUAAAGAGAAGUUGGAGCUUAACCUGGAGGAUUUUGAUAUUCAUGAACUACAUAGAGCUCAUGCAAAUGAACAAGCUGAGUAUGAGUUUAUCAGCUCUGGUCUCUACCUAGUGGUGUUAUUGCACUUGUGCGAACAAAGCUUUUCUGAUAUGAUGGGAAAUACAAAUGAACCAAGCACACGUGUCCGAUUUAUUAACCUUGCAAGAACUCUUCAGGCACAUAUGGAAGAUCUCGAAACUUCAGAGGAUGAUUCCGAAGAAGAUGGAGACCAUAACAGGACAUUUGAUAUUGCCUAACUUCAUAUAAGACAGAUGGAUGAUCUGUGAACACAGUGUUUAUUAAAAAUGGCAAUUAAAUAUAAAUUACUUCUGUGGGGGAAUGCCUAAUACAUUGACUAUAUAUAAAAUGAAUAUAUACAUACACAUGUAUGCCUGUAUAUAUAUAUUCAUUCUCAAGUGUUGCUGAAUUAAAAUUCUGCUGGACUUUUUAACAUAGCAAAUCUGAUGUUUAUAAACUGGUAAUCAAAAAGGUUUUUUUCUUUUAGGUGAGUGGGAAAGUAUUACCCUUGUUUUAAAUAUCUAAGCAAUGCCUAUCAACCCUUUGUGUUCUGAUUACUGUAGUCAUAUUUAUGAAAAAAGGUUUGUGUUUUACUCUUGCUAUUGAGAAAAGUGGGACAAAAUAUACUUUUGAAAUAAAAUGCUAUAUGGCACCUAAUUAUUUUUUCUUUUAAAAUGCCUUAAGUUGCAGUCUCAUUUUGAUAAUCAUUUGCUUCCAGUGUUUAAAAAUUAAAAAGAAUGGGGAGAAGGUUAUGAGAAGAGCAUUAUAUUAAGUUUCCAAAUUUAAUUUGAAUUCCAAAUUCACUUAGCAAUAAAAUCUAAUUUUUAAAAACUAUAUAUAAAAUGUAUAAAUGAUGGAUAGAUUUUUGUAUUGAUUUGCAAAAUGCAGAUUAUAUUUGAUAGGCUAUAGUAUGUAGAUAUUCCUUUUAGGAAUAUUACAGCUGUAAAUUAUAUGAGACUUGCCAGUCAAAUGCUAUUUGGUUUAAAAAAAUUAUUGCAAUCUCAAGUUAAUGGAAUAUUUUUAAAUCCCACAUUCAGAGUUUAAAACACUGGUUUUCAAUGUGUUUUUUAGUGUUGUCACUUCUUUAUAGAUAAAUAUAUAAAUAACCUGUUUGGAUCCUGGUCCUUUUUAACUGUUCCUUGGUAAUUCUGAGCAUUUAUUUGAUGACUUAAUAUUUUUCACUACCUUUGGAGAACAGAACAUUAUUCACCACGAAUGGAUCUAUACUGUGGUCAUGAGUUGUGUAUACUUCCAUAACACUGUAUUUUUCUUCUGUCAAUACCCUUAGGAUACACUUUAAAACACCUUAAGGUCUGAUGUUAUGGCAACAAACUACUUUUUCAAACCUAAAUAGGAAACAUGUAAUUUCUCAAAAGUGAAUGAACAAUUUGCCCACACUUAGUUUGUUGGUCUUAUGUAAAACAUUGGCUCGAAAUAAAGUGCACACUGAUUUAUUUUACUGUU